AUGAUUUUUAGGGUUUUUUUAGCUCUGCUUCUUGCUGUGAGGCAUGGAGGGGCUGCAUCUGCAGGUGGCUAUAAGCAGGCGUUGACUAAAUCUCUACUAUAUUUUGAGGCUCAGAGAUCGGGAAAAUUACCAUCCGACCAGCGAGUCCAUUGGCGGGGCGACUCUGCCCUCAAAGAUGGCGGCGAUGUUGGCGUGGAUUUGGUGGGAGGAUACUACGACUCGGGAGACAACGUUAAGUUCGGCUUCCCAAUGGCCUUCACCAUCACCACUCUCUCCUGGGCCGCACUCCACUUCCGGCAUCAGCUGGCGGCCGCCGGCGAACUCAACAACGCGCUCGCCGCCAUCUCUUGGGGAACCGACUAUUUCCGGCGAGCUCACGCCGCCCCCGACCAGCUCUACGUCGAGGUCGGCGAUGGGGAUUCCGACCACGCUUGCUGGCAGAGGCCGGAGGACAUGACCACCCCCCGCACCUCUUAUAAGGUCGACGGAUCCAAUCCCGGCGCCGAUGUCGCCGGCGAGACAGCGGCCGCGAUGGCGGCCGCUUCCCUCGCUUUUCGGCCGUCCGAUCCGAGAUAUGCGGACGAUCUUCUCUCUCAUGCGGAGCAAUUAUUCGAGUUUGCUAAGAACCAUCCUGGGUUGUAUCAGAACAGCGUUCCGGUGGCCGCCAAUUUCUACUCCAGCAGUGGUUUUGAGGAUGAGCUUCUAUGGGCGGCGGCGUGGCUCCACCGCGCCACCGGAAAACAGAGCUACCUCGACUUCCUCGCACAGUCCAACAAUGGUGGCGUCCGGUCCAUGUUCUCCUGGGACGACAAGUUCGCCGGCGCUCAGCUUCUCGUCUCCAAGCUCAUUCUGGAGAAGAGAGUCAACGCCACCGGCUCCAUGAUCCAAUACAAGAACAGCGCCGAUCAAUUCCUCUGCUCACUCCUCCAAAGAAACCCUAACAACGCCCGACUCACCCCCGGCGGCCUCCUAUGGUUUCUACCCUGGAACAAUUUACAGUAUACCACCGCCGCCCUCCUCCUCCUCUCCGUCCACUCCGACCAUCUCGCCGCCGCCGGAGCCUCCCUCUCUUGCCCUUCCGCCGCCGUCUCCCCGCCGGAAAUCAUCUCCUUCGUCGCCAAUCAAGUCGACUAUCUCCUCGGAGCGAACCCUAGGAAUGCGAGCUAUAUGGUCGGGUUCGGCCGGAGUUCGCCGGCGAAAGUGCACCACCGCGGGGCUUCGAUUGUUUCGGUGGCGGAGGACCCGACGCCGGUGGACUGUAAGGGAGGGUUUGAGGAAUGGUUUGAUAGCCCGGACCCUAACCCUAAUGUGAUUGAGGGGGCGAUUGUCGGCGGGCCGGAUGCUAAUGAUGGCUACGAAGAUGAUCGGAGUAAUUAUCGAUUAAUUAGCGGCGGGGGGGGCCGUCGACGGUGA